GACAUCUGCCUGUAUCUAAAAGGUAUAAAAAGACCCUGAUCUGUCUCUCUGCCCUUCAGUUAGUGGUUUAGACAGAAGACCCAUCUGGGAAACUGUUCAAGAGAGAAGAUCUCAAGCUCUACAGAGUUCUAAAAGGCACAGGACGACUGAAGGAAGUGACGAUCCAAACACUGAACUCUGAUCCCCAGGAUGGCUGGAACAGCAAUAACUUCACUGCAAAUUGCAAAAGCCAGCACUGAGGUUGUGAAUGCAAUUGUUCAAGUGAAAAAUGCUAUGUCAGUAGUUGAGAGUUUGGAAAAGCUAGCCUCUGCAGCCGGAGUAGUGGGUGCUAUUUUUGGGUUAGCAGCAGCAAUUGUUAAACUCGCUCUGGGCAAUGUGGAGAGCGCGGAGAUGAGAUACAUGAAGGAGCAGUUCCAGAUAGUCAGGAACAAGCUAGAUGUAAUUUCAGAUCAGAUUAAAGAAGUGCUUCAGGCGAUUGAGCAAAGUACAGUCAAUAAUCAAUACUUCCCCAUUGAAGAGAAUCUGAAAAACCAGUUCAGGAAGUACAUGGACAUCCUGAACUCAAAACCAGAGUACCGAGAGAAAGAGAAACAAGAGUUUCUCACACACUUCGAAGUGUCUAAAGGUGACCAGAACCUCCACACUCUCUUUGAUGCUGUGAUGGGAUAUUCUGCCAUCUUUGGCAAACCCAUCCUGGAAACGGCCAUGGGGUAUGACCAGAGGAAUCGGCGUCUCAUGGAAGGUCUGUGCUCCCGUCUGAAGGAGCUAUUCUGUAUUGGCCUGAUUGCCCUGAUGGGUCAUGCUGCCAUCACUGGGAAUGAUGUAGAAGCAUUAAAGACAGAAUGGAAUGGAAAAUUGGCUGAAGUUGACAGUAAAAUGAAAUCCAUGAUAGAUCGAUGCAUAAAUGAGUUUGCGGAUCAGGCAAAAAUAGAUGUUGAAAAAAUGAUAAAAGAUAAAGGUGGAAGGGAUAAUGCUGAGUGUACAAGUUACUUAAGAAACAGCUUGGUGAAGAAAUAUGACUGGGUUAAAUGGUCUGUAAGGGUCUAUAAUCCUGUCUCUGGAUUCGACAAUCACUGUGUCAUUGGUUCUAAUUGGUUUAACUUUUUCAGACUCAAUGGUGUUAAUGUUGUUGCCUCCUAUGGCAUUGAGCCAAAACCAAUUGAUGAAGGGACAAUAAGGCAGUUAAUGGAGGGGAAAAAUGGCUGGCGGGAUGCAAGAGAUGUCGCUCAACAUGUGUAUGAUAACCUUCCCCCUGGGCAUGUUGUACACACAGUGAGACGCCUCAAGGGGCUUUGUGAUUCCAACAAUUUUCCUGUAAAUUGUCAUUUCUGGGAAAAUUAUAGUGGAGUCACCCUCUGUGUCCAUUCCAUAUAAACCUCCCUCUGACCUUGCCAGAUACUCUGCCCCUGAGUCAAUGCUGCUGUUCUCAGGGGAUGUCUGUUUUUUUGACUAGAAUUUGUAUAGAAAACACUAUCAUUAUUCACCAUCCUAUUCUACCUGUAACAAAUUAACACUGAAAAUUAUUGUCAUUCUGAUAGUGAACCUACCUUCACUGAAAGUUGACCAACCAAUGACAUCCAAUCAGAAAGCAGGUCAGCCUUGUUCACUAGAAGCUACUGUCUGGGCCUGUGGUGGGAGUGGCAGGUGGGUCCUGUGUGAGGGGCUGUGUGAACUGAGGAGACAAAGGAGGUUAGAUGUGGAAUAAAUGGACAGACAGAGACCACUACACACAAUCCCACAUGAACCAGCUCGAUGGGGACUCAGGAAUUAUGCUCAAUGACAGAUAUGCAUCAUCAUCAUCAUCGUUAGCUCCGACUCAAAUGACAUCCACCCAAGGUUGUGAGUUUCUGCCAUGGGUCUUCUUGUACCUUAGCCUGAUUCAUGACUCACAGAUCCUUGGACACAUGAGGCAGGAUGUCCCAUGAGGUAGUGGGAUCCAGGGUGCAGGCUUUGUUUCCUUAGCUUUCCAUCAUUAAGAUUAGAUUUGGACUCAAAGCAUGAUGGAACCUGAUGGUGGUGAUGACAAAUGCUCUGUACACGAGGACUUAUAUUGAUUUGUGGGAGUCUUUGUGAUCAGUUUAGUUUUGCAAUGGAGGCAACUGAGGUUCGAGAGUUUUCCAUACAGCCGGUAUUUAACACUCACACCUGAGGGCAGUUCACCUUUGAUGAGGUGAGUAGCUGUUGUCAGAUAGAUUAGAAAUGGUUUGUGGGUUAUCACACAGCCUAGUUUAACAGUGGCCCAGGUGUUAAAGGUGACUGGUUCACAUCUCCCAUGCAAGAACGUUGCAGUCAUAUAAUCAUGAAGCAAUUGCAGGAUUGUGAUGAAGAUUCUUGGACGUCCAGAUCUUUGGAGUACAAUCUAUAGAACCUCGUCAUUUACUGAGUCAAAUGCCAUGAAGAGCUCCUGGGUCCGCUCUGAAGAUUUUUCUGGGAUUUGUCUGCUACUCUCUAUACAAGUAUACAAGACACUUUCUUAUAUUUGUGUUAGCAAUGAAAAUGGAUUGCAAUAACUCACGAGUACAAUGAUGGUUUCUGUUCAGUGGAACUGUAAUAAUCUGAUUUCUCUCACAUAGUCUGUAUUGUUGAAAGACCCUCUGUCAUGGGGACACUCACUGUGUUACACGAUGAUUUCUUUACGCUUUCAGUUUAAUUGUUGCAAUUACUGGUUUUCGCUUUCAGUGAUUGGAAUUAUUGAAAUAACAUUCACUCUGUUCAUUACAGUCUGCUGAAUAAACUCAGUGGGAGAACA